UGAGCCACUGUGCCCAGCCUGGAAUUACUUUUAAAAUUAAUUUCUUAGCUUGUGAAUUUCAGGCUCAUGCAAGUAGAUACUUUUGAACUUCAAACUCAGACCUGUGAUUAGCAAUCCUCAGAAGGAGAAAAACUGAAAAACCAAUCCAUAAAAUUGGAUGGAUUUAUUUUUCUAGUCUAUUCGUCCAUUCUAUCACUGAAGUGAAGAUGUAGCAGGAGCCUCAGUUGCAACUCUUAUUACCAUUUUUUUUUCAUCCUAAGGCCUUGUUUCCUGAUUCAAGUGACUAACAGUACCCAAACUCCUAGGGAUCUAUACAAGACAAUGCUUAAUAUGUCCAGUUAUGGAUCCUGUUUGCCUCUCUAGGUUUACAUUUCUUUACUUUGCCCCUUAGAGGACUUCCUUUAUUUCAUUGUAAAUGUAGCUUAUGCAUUUAAAAUUAUUUAAAACAAUCUUGCAUUUCUGGGUGUUUUGUAUUAGUAUGUCUUUUCAUGUCAUGUAGUGUGCUGUCUUUCCACAGGCAGAAUCCCUGGCUGUUUUAUGUAUUACACACAGAAAUCCAAGGGUCAUGUGACAAGGCAAUGCUUUAGUUAGGAAAGCGAGUCCAGGAGGAGGGACUGAGGUUAAAUUGAAUGGAUAGGAAGUAUGAGAAAAUGAAGAGGAGGCUCUCGGAGCUGAGAUAAAGGCUAAGGGAGGAUGACAGUGAAGACACAGAAGAGUGAGAAAGAUGGAGGAAGAAGAACACAUGUAUGGGAAGGAACAGGAGCAAGGUAAGACACAAAGACUAAGCCAUGGUGACAUUAGCGACUAUUCAGUUCUUUCAAUCUAGUUAUUUUACAGAUAAGGAAACUGAGGCCAAAGUGUUAAGGAUCUCUCCAAUUCAAGAUGUCCAACAGGAGUUCCAUGUGGGGGUUCAUCUUGAUUCAGUCUAAAGCUCCUUUUACUGCAAGAGAUGUGCUGUGAGAGGCCAGCAGCACACAGGCAGAUAAAGUGAGACCUGCCAGAAGCCAGAAUGGCAAGGAAAAAACUUCAAGCAGAGUGAGAGGGAAGAUGACAAGUCCAGAAAAGGCAUGUGGUUAUGAGAGGCAGUGGCUUCUUUGGCCAGGAAAUUGAGGUUUCUGUUAGUGAAGAGGGGGAAGUCAGAUGAGGUGAGACCACGUCGGGAGGGGAGCUUUCAUAUCUGGGUUCCGAGGAGAGCUUCACUGGGGAAGGAAGAAUUUAGAAGCCAUGUUCGGCUUUGGGGGAGCAACAGGGCUCAAGGAGCCUGUCUCCUUCCAUGUCAUCCGGAUCGCAUCCUUUUCUAACCAUUCCUGGAAACGAAAUCUGAUCUCAGGUUAUCUGGGUGAUUUGCAGACCCACACUUCGGACAGAAAUUGCAGCACCAUCAUUUUCCUGUGGCCCUGGUCCAGGGGAAACUUCAGCAACGAGGAGUGGAAGGAACUGGAAAUGUUAUUCCAUAUACGCUGCGUUCGGUUCCUUGAGGGAAUGCAUAGAUACUCCCGUGAAUUGCAGUUCGAGUAUCCUUUUGAGAUACAGGUGACAGGAGGCUGUGAACUGCAUUCUGGAAAGUUCUCAGGAAGCUUCCUUCGGUUAGCUUAUCAAGGAUCAGAUUUCAUGAGCUUCCAGAACAAUUCAUGGUUGCCAUCUCCAGUGGCUGGGAAUAUGGCCAAGCGUCUCUGCAAAGUGAUCAAUCGGAAUCAGCAUCAAAAUGACAUAAUACACAGUCUCCUCAGUGACACCUGCCCACGUCUCAUCUUGGGUCUUCUUGAUGCCGGAAAGGCACAUCUCCAGAGGCAAGUGAAGCCCGAGGCCUGGCUGUCCCGUGGCCUCAGUCCUGGCCCUGGCCGUCUACAGCUUGUGUGCCAUGUCUCAGGAUUCUACCCAAAACCUGUGUGGGUGAUGUGGAUGCGGGGUGAGCAGGAGCAGCAGGGCACUCAGCGAGGGGACAUCCUGCCCAAUGCUGACGGGACAUGGUAUCUCCGAGCAACCCUGGAGGUGGCCGCUGGGGAGGCAGCUGACCUGUCCUGUCGGGUGAAGCACAGCAGUCUAGAGGGCCAGGACAUCAUCCUCUACUGGGAACAUCACAGUUCCAUGGGUUUGAUCAUCUUGGCGGUGAUAGUGCCUUUGCUUCUUCUGAUAGGUCUUGCGCUUUGGUUCAGGAAACGCUGUUUCCGUUAAGAUACACCAUGAUCCUCCUUGUCACCCUUCUCCUUUUGAGGUGAGAGACCAGCAGUCCAACAGCUCAGGAUACACCUGAACACAUCGUGGUGAUGACGUCCUCUAACUCUCCUUGUAAAACUUUUGUCAGUUUUGCUUGUUUCUGAUUAAUGAUCAUUUGUCAAUAUAAGCUCAAUUUAGUUUUGCAGGAUUUGUUGUUCUGACCUGGGUUCUGGGACUUUAAAAUUCAAAUUUUAUCUCCAAAUGGAAUGGGAUCCUAGCAAUCUUCACAUGUUCAACUAUUAAUGGAUCAUCAGGCUUGUUAUAGAUGUCCCUUAUUCCCGAGGGCCUUCCCUGACUCACAAGUGGGAAACGGACUCUUCCUGGUCUGAACUCCCACCACAUUUCAGCCGUACUUUGCUAACUGUACUCCUCACUUCCUCUCCUUCGUUGCAGCUAUUUAGGUCCCCCUUUUCCUUCUAAUUUUUCUACUCCUUCACUGCAAAGUAUGUGUGUUUUUAAUAUAUGCAUACCUGGUGAAGGAUCUUGCUGUCAUGAAACAUGUUCUCAAUAAAACUCUGUGUUGAAUUUAUGCCAAA